CACAUUCAUUACCUAAUAAAAAUGUAAAUAUUACAGCGAUUAUGUCAUUUGCAUAAUGUUUCACAGACCGCUAUGAUGAAUGGAAUAAUUAUUUUAUGUUUACUGAUACUAUCAACGCGAAGUUCUGACAUUGAUCUCGACGAAGAAUUCCCCGACAUUAACGACUUAUUUGUGAUCGAAGAAAAAAAAGACAAUCAUAUCAGAAACAUACCCGGAGUAUUUGUCAAAAACAUAGUAGUCGACAUAGAAAAGCUGAAUCUAACUAAAUUCGUUCAAAAACUCGACACAUAUAAAGGCAAACUCAAUGUUGGUGCAACAAAACCCAGAACCAAAGUCGCUCAGAUAGAUUUGGCUGAGUUAGGUAUUCAAUUGAACGAUACGAGAAGACAAGUGAUCCGAUGGGAUGGAGACACUUUAGCUUUUAAGCAAGCGUCUUUCCACAUGACAAAGCAAAAGGCACUAGAUUUAAUACUUCAACUUAUUUACAUGGCGAGGCAUAAGUUGAGAGAGCUGGAGAGUUGCAAAUACUUCAGCAGGACUGACACUGGAUACCGUAUAGCAUUCGUAUACAGGCAUUUGCGAAGGAUCUUCAAGAGAAUGAUGGAUAUAUACGCCAUAAUGUACAAAAACAAGACGAAAUGGUUCCACCAAGACUGGCAUCUUCAGCUGCACACUAAAGCUACAAAAUUGCAUGUAGAUUUCUUGUAUUUAUGGUGGGUUUUGAUUAGGCUAGAUGAGAAAUAUAGUAUCAAGCAAGGGAUACGAUCCCGGGUGCCCAAAUGGAUGUCGUCAAAAAGACCAACUACUACGAGAACACCUCCACCAAGCGGUUAGGAAGCUGGUAAACAAUGUCUGAACACGGUCGACAUUAUAGAAAAAAAAUCUACUCAAGCCACGUAAGUCUAGAAGCAACAAAUACGACUGCAUUAGAAGUUCGAUUUCCAGCUCCAGCAACAACCUGUACGUCUUUGAAGAAAAUCACAUUAUCCAUAUUUAUGUUGUAAAUGCGAAUGUAAUUUUCACUAUCUGUUACGCUUCCACUUAAUACUAUACCACUAAAUUAGUUAAUUUCGAUAAAAUUUGAUACGAAGAUUGUUUGAGACCCUGGAAGGGACAUGGACAACUUUUGAUUUUGGAAAGUAUACGUUAAAACUUUAUCGCGGAAAAUCUAUUUCACGUGGGCUUAGCUAAGUAAAGCAUAUUCUCAGAAGAUUGAACCUACAACUUCUGUCAUCAUCUCCCCACGCGUCAUGCUACAGGCAGCCAUAAUUACAUGAUGUUUAAUAUGUUACUAUGUUUUAAUACUAAUAAAUAUACUUUAACCAAUA